AUGAUAGAUGCCCAUGGUACUUUAGCAAUUAAUGAGGAAGGAAGAGUUAAGUUAAAUAUUUCACAACAAAAUGCAGACCAUAAAAGCUUCAUUGAAAUGAAGACAAAAUUAACUGGUAAAAUUAAAAUCGACGAAAAAACAAAUACUAUUAGCUUUUUAUUAAAGGAUGUCAACAGUGGUAUUAUUAGAGUUAUGAAUAUUGGUAAUUUUAGAAACCCAGAAAAGCAAAAACAAUUUAGUGAAGUUUGUAAAUUAUAUAAAAUCAAAUAUAGAGAACAGGAGAAAAUAUCCCCAACCGAUGGCUGGGUAGUUGGAAUGUACGAAGCUUUAUGCCAUGCCCAUAUAAAUAUGAAAGAACUCUCUUUGACUUUAACAUUUGAACAUGACAACUAUGAAGAGAUUAUCAAAAGCAUUAAAAGAAAAUCGAUUAAACUCAAGAAAUCAUAUAAAGUGACAAUAGAUCCACCAAUCGAGCCACCAAAACCUAAACCAGCUAGAGAAUCAGAUUUUUAUAAUAAGCAAUAUCAAGAUGAAAAAUUAAAUACUUGGAAACAUUUUAUUAAAGAAUAUGAUAGAAUAACAAAGGAAGAAAGAGAAAAUGAAGAUAAUGAGGAUGACGAAUAUUAUGAAGAUUAUGAAGACAAUGAAGACAUUGAAGAUUAUGAGGAUAGCAAACAAAGAUAA